CUGAUUAACAUAAUCCCCUGCCCAUCACUCCCUAAAUCCCUUGGAGCUAUAGCUAACCCAAUGUCUGGUGGGUGAAGUAGGGUGGGGUUGAGUGAGGGUACACAGGUUUAGUAGUUUACUCCACAAGUGUUUAGCGCUCUAGUGCUACAGAGUACCACACAGGCAAAGACUGAGCCACUGCCAGGCAGCCGCCCCUGGACGGAUAUGCAUGCCUAUUUAUAGCUAAUCCUGUUUCGGUGAGGUCGUGCUCUCUACUGUCCCUGAGACGGAGCAAUCGGAGUUAAGCGCCGCUUGCGUGCUGUCGUCGUGCAAGAGAGGGCUGGCAAAGGAUGAAGCCGGGCAGCAGACCGGGCUCCAUUCGUGUGUGGGACCGUUGAUGGACAGAUAGACAGGGCUCUUCUGGAUGUUUCUGACAUGGCGGCUUCUCUUCACCUCUGCACACGAGCCCUGCCCUACCGGCGGCCCCCUCUGUGACUCACCUAUGUAGCCUUGUGAGGACUUAAGCCAACAUCAACAGCCAAGAUGAGAGAGUGGGCUUACAGGAAUCAAAUUAAAAUGGCUUUCUACAUGUCCAAGUCAUGCUCUAAGGAGUCAAGCAACCUACACCCCUGAGAAAUAACAGCAGUUUAUGGGAAACACCGUAUUUUGCCUCUGAGGAUUUUACUUGCCUUUUUGGGAAAGCCUCUCUCCACCACCCUCGAGUGGUGCGCUGUAGAGGAGACAUGGCCAGCAACUCGUUCCGUGGGUCAAAGCGUGGUCGACAUGCACAGGCCAAUCAUGAUGUUGGAGACUUCAACUGCUCUCUCAAGGAGCUGCGGUCUCUCAUGGAACUCAGGGGACCUGAGGGAAUAGCUAGAAUCCAGGAAUGUUACGGAGAUGUCCAAGGACUCUGUACCAGACUAAGAACAUCACCUAUUUCUGGUUUAGGAGGCCAUGCCGACGACAUUGCCAGAAGGAAAGAGGAGUUUGGACAAAACGUUAUACCUCCAAAAAAGCCAAAAACAUUUCUUCAAUUAGUKUGGGAAGCAUUGCAAGAUGUGACACUAAUCAUCCUAGAAGUGGCAGCCAUCAUUUCAUUAGGCCUUUCUUUUUAUAGACCUCCAGAUGCCGAAAGAGAAAAUUGUGGAAAGGCAGCGGGAGGGGUGGAGGAUGAGGGGGAGGCAGACGCGGGCUGGAUUGAGGGUGCAGCCAUCCUCCUGUCCGUCGUCUGUGUGGUCCUGGUGACAGCGUUCAACGACUGGAGCAAAGAGAAGCAGUUCCGCGGGCUGCAGAGCCGCAUCGAACAGGAGCAAAAGUUUACGGUGGUCCGCGGAGGCCAAGUCAUCCAGGUCCACGUGGCUGAGAUCGUAGUCGGCGACGUUGCACAAGUGAAAUACGGUGACCUUCUUCCUGCUGAUGGUGUAUUGAUCCAGGGAAAUGAUUUGAAAAUCGAUGAAAGCUCUCUCACCGGUGAAUCUGACCAUGUCAAGAAGACUUUGGACAACGAUCCAAUGCUGCUGUCAGGUACCCAUGUCAUGGAGGGUUCUGGGAAGAUAUUGAUCACAGCAGUAGGUGUCAACUCCCAGACGGGCAUCAUUUUCACCCUGCUCGGAGCCGAGGAAGACGAUGAUGACGAUGAGGAGGAAAAAGCAGAGAAGGAAAGGAAAAAGAGGGAAAGGGAGGAGAAGAAGAAGGAGAAAGAGAGGGAAAAGAAAGAGAAGAAAGAAAAGAAGAACAAGAAGGACAAGAAGGACAAACUGGACAAGAAAAAUAAAAGAGAUGAGAAAAACAAGAAAGGUAAGUCUCAGGAUGGUGCAGGCGUGGAGAUGCAGGCCCUCAACAGUGACGACGAAGGAGAGGAGAAGAAGAAAGCCCACCCUAAGAAGGAGAAGUCUGUGCUCCAGGGGAAAUUGACCAAAUUAGCGGUGCAGAUCGGCAAAGCAGGCCUGUUCAUGUCAGGGUUGACGGUCAUCAUCCUGAUAACUCUGUUUAUGGUGGACACUUUCUGGAUCCAGGGCCUACCGUGGGUCGCAGACUGCACACCCAUCUACAUUCAGUUCUGCGUCAAGUUCUUCAUCAUUGGUGUUACUGUGCUUGUGGUGGCCGUGCCCGAAGGUCUCCCCCUGGCCGUCACCAUCUCACUUGCGUAUUCUGUCAAAAAAAUGAUGAAAGACAACAAUCUGGUGAGGCACCUGGAUGCCUGUGAAACCAUGGGCAACGCCACAGCCAUCUGCUCUGACAAAACGGGAACAUUAACCAUGAACAGGAUGACCGUGGUCCAGGCUUAUCUGGGAGACAGGCACUACAGGAAGGUUCCUGAGUCUGACCUCAUCCCAGGCAAAGUCUUGGACCUGCUCAUUAUGGGCAUCGGAGUCAACUGUGCUUACACAUCCAAGAUCAUGUCUCCUGAGAAGGAGGGCGGGCUGCCACGCCAGGUGGGCAACAAGACCGAAUGUGCCUUGCUGGGCUUUGUGUUGGAUCUGAGACGUGACUAUAUGACCAUCCGCAACGAGAUCCCAGAGGAGAAGCUCUUCAAGGUCUACACCUUCAACUCAGUCAGGAAGUCCAUGAGCACAGUGCUGAAGAACGCAGACGGGAGUUACCGCAUGUUCAGCAAAGGAGCCUCAGAGAUCCUCCUAAAGAAGUGUUGUAAGAUCAUGACAGCAAGCGGGGAGGCUAAGGUCUUCAAGCCCAGGGACAGAGACAAUGUGGUGAAGAAUGUGAUCGAGCCCAUGGCCUCCGAGGGCCUGAGGACCAUAUGCCUGGCCUACAGGGACUUCCCCCCGGUCGACGGCGAGCCAGACUGGGAAAAUGAAACUGACAUCCUCACCGGCCUCACCUGUUUGUGUGUGGUGGGCAUCGAGGACCCUGUACGGCCAGAGGUUCCUGACGCCAUUAAGAGGUGUCAGCGCGCUGGCAUCACGGUGCGCAUGGUCACAGGGGACAACAUCGACACGGCUCGCGCCAUUGCCAGUAAGUGUGGCAUAGUGCACCCCGGAGAUGAUUUCCUCUGUAUAGACGGCAAAGAGUUCAACCGACGGAUAAGAAACCAACUGGGAGAGAUUGAGCAAGAACGCAUUGAUAAGAUUUGGCCUAAACUCCGUGUGCUUGCAAGAUCCUCACCCACUGACAAACAUACUUUAGUAAAAGGUAUAAUGGACAGCACUGUACUAGAACCAAGACAAGUUGUUGCUGUAACAGGAGAUGGUACUAAUGACGGCCCUGCCUUGAAGAAAGCGGAUGUUGGAUUUGCCAUGGGCAUUGCGGGCACGGACGUAGCCAAAGAGGCCUCAGACAUCAUCCUGACAGACGACAACUUCAGCAGCAUCGUCAAGGCGGUGAUGUGGGGGCGGAACGUCUACGACAGCAUCUCCAAGUUCCUCCAGUUCCAGUUGACAGUCAACGUGGUGGCUGUCAUCGUGGCCUUCACAGGAGCAUGCAUCACACAGGACUCUCCUCUCAAAGCUGUCCAGAUGCUGUGGGUGAACCUGAUCAUGGACACCUUUGCCUCCCUGGCCCUGGCCACUGAGCCCCCCACCGAGUCUCUGUUGCUGAGGAAACCGUAUGGCCGCAACAAGCCCCUCAUCUCCCGCACCAUGAUGAAGAACAUCCUGGGCCAUGCUGUCUACCAGCUCACUGUCAUCUUCACCCUGCUCUUCACCGGGGAGCAGAUUUUCGACAUUGACAGCGGGAGGUAUGCGCCUCUCCAUGCCCCUCCCUCGGAACAUUACACCAUUGUUUUCAACACCUUCGUCAUGAUGCAGCUCUUCAACGAAAUCAACGCUCGCAAGAUCCACGGCGAGCGUAACGUCUUUGACGGCAUUUUCAAAAACAUGAUCUUCUGCUCCAUUGUGUUCGGAACGUUCAUUAUCCAGAUUGUGAUCGUUCAGUUUGGAGGGAAACCUUUCAGCUGUGUGGGCCUCAGCAUCGACCAGUGGCUCUGGUGUGUGUUCUUGGGCUUUGGAUGUCUUCUAUGGGGCCAGGUGGUCACCACUGUCCCCACCAGCCGGCUGAAGUUCCUGAAGUCUGCAGGUCAUGGCACGCAGCAGGAGGAGAUCCCUGAGGAUGAGCUGGAGGAGAUGGAGGACCUGGAUGAGAUCGACCAUGGUGAGAUGGAGAUGAGAAGGGGGCAGGUGCUCUGGUGCAGAGGCCUGGGCAGGAUCCAGACUCAGAUCCGCGUAGUGAAUGCCUUCCAAGACACUUUGUCCCCCUACGAAGGCCUGGAGACCCCUGAGUCCCGCAACUCAAUCCACAACUUCAUGACCACCCCGGAGUUCCGGAUAGAAGACUCGGAGCCGCAGAUCCCCCUCAUCGACGACACAGAGGGGGAGAACGAUGCUCCCACCAAGCGCAACGCUGCACAGACCCUGCCCCCACCCUCCACGUUGGCCACCCUUCCAUCCACGCCCAACCAGAACAAUAAUGCUGUGGACAGGAUCAUCCCCUUCUACAAAGAGAGCCCAAAGACUGGCGGGAUCCCCCAGAGUGCUGCGCUGCCGCCGCGCCCUGGGAGCCCGCUGCACAGCCUGGAGACCUCCCUCUGAGCUGGGCCCUAAUACCAGUAAUUACCCACUCACCUCAGUCCACUUCACAAUACCAAGACGUGGGGAGAGAGGGCUUCUGGAAGCCUCAUGGGUUUCUGUUUUUACUUAUAUGUUUGGUUCCUAAAACAUUUUUUGGUCUUGUAUCGAGGAGAGGUGCACAUUUUGCGUGGAAGAAUUAUAGACCGUUUUUUGGUGUAAUUAAAUGAACAGGGAGACUGGUAUGCAUUGCUGUACAUCAGCAGUACUUCUAAAGAAUUCAUGCAUUGGCUAUUUAUAUAUUUUUAUGAUUUCAUUCAUGUUGUGAAAGCAACCCUGUUUACACGUUUGUGAAACUUUGAGUGUCCGUGAAAAACCAACGUUAUAAUAUGUACAAAGUGGGGCUGCAUACUGCGAAAUGAAAAAAAUUUAUAAUGUAUUUUAGAUAUUGCUGUCUUUUAGGAGAAAAGCAAGGUUUCUGUUGAAACUGAACUAAUAUGCCUGCAGGUUCUAUUUGGUAGGGUUUUUUCUAGGUACAUAUAAAUAUCUAGUGAAGUAAGAAGAAAUUGGUUUAUAAGAAGACAUUGAGAAAACUGGAAAAUGUCCUCAAAUAUCCAUGUUCACACUUCCACACUGUAAAUAUUAAAAGACAUGCUCCGGUA